AUGACAUUUACAAACGAAAGGACAAUACGUGACAAGGUGCUUUACACAAAGGCCUGCAUCUUAAGUCUACAGCUAUUUCGUAAAAGCAAGAAUCUUUGUAAAGAAAAUGUAUGUGGUUAUAAAUCCUUUGUUUCCACAUACAUACGUUCGUGUACGCUGCAACUCGAGACGGUCGGUUGCACAAAUCAAUGUAAUGUGCUGCAAUCUCAA